GAUUUGACUGUCAGUAAGUACCAUCAUCAUCAUCAGAGAUGAGGACCGUAAGCUCUUUCAGAAACCAGCUUCUUCAGAUUAAGAUCUGCUCUCUGUAUCUGUGGACAUCUGGAGUUUUACCCCACUACACCCAGUGUGUCCUGUGGGAGCUGUUCUGCUGUCAUACACCCAUUGAGUUUCUGACUUUUGAUUAUGUAGCUUUGAGACAUUUAGUCAACCUAAGCAGACACACAACCCUAAUAAUGUAAAUUUUAACCCGUACAUAACAUUCAAUGUGAGAAAUGAACUUGACAGGCUUUUAUCUUUCAGUGUUUGAAUGGAUGGUGAGAGGUGUAUUUAAAAUGACAGGUGGUGGAUGAUGUUGUCAGAUGAUAAAGGAACAUUUAGGUGGAUCAGUUUAAGUGAAACUGCAGACGUUGGGAGUGAAUCCCGGCAGCAUCAGUUUCAGCUGUCUGACUAUGGAGUCUGACCGCUUCAUUUGCAUCAGAGAGAAAGUGGGUGAUCAGAACCAGGUGGUAAUCAUCGACCUGAACGACCCCACCAACCCGAUCCGACGGCCCAUCACAGCGGACAGUGCCAUCAUGAACCCGGCCAGCAAAGUCAUUGCGCUGAAAGCGGGACGAACGCUACAGAUCUUUAAUAUCGAGUUGAAAAGCAAAGUGAAGUCUUAUAGCAUGAAAGAGGACGUCCUCUUCUGGAAGUGGAUCUCUGUUAACACCAUUGCUUUGGUUAUGGACACGGCUGUAUAUCAUUGGAGCAUGGAGGGAGACAGUCAGCCAAUCAAAAUGUUCGAUCGUCACGCCAGCCUCGCUGGAUGUCAGAUUAUCAAUUACAGAACAGACGAUCAGCAGAAAUGGUUACUGCUCAUCGGUAUAUCAGCUCAGCAAAAUCGUAUUCUAGGCGCCAUGCAGUUGUUUUCUGUGGAUCGUAAAGUGUCUCAGCCCAUUGAAGGUCACGCUGCAGCGUUUGGAGUCUAUAAACUGGAGGGAAACCCAAAUCCUUCAACUCUCUUCUGCUUUGCCGUCAGGGGCCAAGCUGGUGGAAAGCUGCACAUCAUUGAGGUCGGUCAACCCCAGGCAGGUAAUCAACCCUUCACUAAAAAAGCAGUGGACGUCUUUUUCCCCCCUGAAGCGCAAACAGACUUUCCUGUAGCCAUGCAGGUCGGUGCUAAGCAUGGCGUUAUCUACCUCAUCACUAAAUAUGGUUAUUUCCACAUGUAUGAUCUGGAGUCAGGCACGUGUAUAUACAUGAAUCGCAUCAGUGCUGAAACCAUAUUUGUAACAGCCGCUCACAGCAGCACGUCUGGAAUCAUUGGGGUCAAUAAAAAGGGUCAGGUGCUGUCUGUAUGUGUUGAAGAGGAGAACAUAGUGAAGUAUGUAACAAGUGUGCUGCAGAAUCCUGAGCUCGCCCUGCGGAUGGCGAUACGCAGUGACCUCUCUGGAGCCGAAGAGCUCCUCGUACACAAAUUCAACACACUGUUCUCUCAGGGCAACUACACUGAAGCCGCCAGAGUCGCUGCCGCAGCUCCCAGGGGAGUUUUACGAACGGCAGAGACCAUCCACAGGUUCCAGUCGGCACCGCCUCAGGGUGGACGGCCGUCUCCACUGCUGCAGUAUUUCGGGGUUCUUUUGGAUCGCGGGCAGCUGAAUAAACUGGAAUCGCUGGAGCUCUGCAGGCCCGUACUGGAACAGGGCAAAACCCAAUUAUUGGAGAAAUGGCUGAAGGGAGAAAAGCUGGAGUGUUCAGAAGAGUUGGGCGAUCUGGUGAGAUCCGCCGACAUCACCCUAGCGCUCAGCGUUUAUCUCCGAGCAAACGUUCCCGCCAAAGUCAUUCAUUGCUUUGCAGAGACAGGACAGUUUCAGAAGAUCAUUCUCUAUGCUAAAAAGGUGGGAUUUUCUCCAGACUGGGUGAUGUUGUUGAGGGGCGUGAUGAGAUCAAGUCCUGACCAGGGCCUUCAGUUUGCACAGAUGCUUGUUCAGGAUGAACAGCCGCUGGUCAGCGUCAGUCAGGUGGUGGAUGUCUUUAUGGAGGGUAAUCUAGUCCAGCAGUGUACUUCAUUUCUAUUGGACGCUCUAAAGAACAACAGGCCGGAGGAGGGGCCUAUACAGACACGCCUCCUUGAGAUGAACCUCAUGCACGCCCCACAGGUUGCAGAUGCAAUACUGGGUAAUCAGAUGUUUACGCAUUAUGAUCGUGCACACAUCGCUCAACUGUGUGAGAACGCCGGAUUGCUACAGAGAGCACUUGAACACUACAGCGAUCCGCACGACAUCAAACGAGCCAUCGUACACACGCAUCUGCUCAAUCCUGAGUGGUUGGUGAAUUUCUUCGGCUCUCUCUCUGUUGGAGAUUCAGUCGAGUGUUUAAAGGCCAUGUUGGCUGCAAACCUCAGACAGAACCUACAGCUGUGCGUUCAGGUCGCGACCAAAUAUCACGAGCAGCUGGGAACUCAAACCCUGGUGGAGCUUUUUGAGACUUUCAAGAGUAACGAGGGUCUGUUUUAUUUUUUGGGCUCCAUCGUGAACUUCAGUCAAGACCCUGAUGUUCAUCUAAAGUACAUUCAGGCUGCAUGUCGGACCGGUCAGAUUAAAGAAGUGGAGCGGAUCUGUAGAGAGAGCAGCUGCUAUAACGCCGAACACGUCAAGAACUUCCUCAAGGAAGCCAAACUGACGGAUCAACUGCCUCUCAUCAUCGUGUGCGACCGCUUCGAUUUCGUUCACGAUCUCGUGCUGUAUUUAUACCGCAACAACCUGCAGAAAUACAUUGAGAUCUACGUGCAAAAGGUGAAUCCCAGUCGUCUGCCUGUGGUUGUUGGCGGUUUGUUAGACGUGGAUUGUUCAGAGGACACCAUUAAGAGUCUGAUUCAGGCGGUACGUGGAAAUUUCAGUACCGAUCAGCUGGUGGAGGAGGUGGAAAAAAGAAACAGACUGAAGUUGCUUUUGUCCUGGCUGGAAUCCCGUGUGCAGGACGGAUGUAAAGAACCUGCUACCCAUAAUGCUUUAGCAAAGAUCUACAUAGACAGUAACAACAGUCCAGAACGCUUUCUCAGAGAGAACCCACAUUACGACAGCGUGACAGUGGGACAUUACUGUGAGAAGAGAGAUCCUCAUCUGGCGUUUGUGGCUUAUGAGAGAGGCCAACGUGACCUGGAACUCAUACAGGUCUGCAAUGAAAACUCUCUGUUUAAAAGCGAAUCGCGUUAUCUGGUGCGACGGAAAGAUCCGGAUCUUUGGGCCACAGUUUUAGAGGAGACAAAUCCUUACAGACGACCCCUGAUAGACCAGGUGGUUCAGACGGCUCUACCUGAGACACAAGAUCCAGAAGAAUUAUCUGUGACAGUGAAAGCAUUUAUGACGGCCGAUCUACCCAAUGAACUCGUAGAGCUACUAGAGAAAAUAGUGCUGGACAAUUCAAUAUUUAGUGAACACAGAAACCUGCAGAACCUGCUGAUAUUGACAGCGAUAAAAGCGGACCGAACACGUGUUAUGGAAUAUAUCAACCGCCUGGACAAUUACGACGCCCCUGACAUCGCCAACAUCGCCAUUAGCAAUGAACUGUAUGAAGAAGCCUUCUCCAUCUUUAAGAAGUUUGAUGUCAACACCUCGGCAAUACAGGUUCUGAUCGAUCACACUGGGAAUCUGGACCGUGCGUAUGAGUUUGCGGAGCGCUGUGGUGAGGGAGCGGUGUGGAGCCGGCUCGCACAAGCUCAGCUGCAUAAAGGUCUGGUGAAAGACGCCAUUGACUCUUACAUCAAAGCUGGAGAACCGUCUGCGUAUAUGGAGGUGAUCGAUGCAGCCAGUAGAAACGGUGACUGGGAGGAUCUGGUGAAGUUUCUUCAAAUGGCCAGAAAGAAAGCGAGAGAGUCUUACUUAGACACAGAGCUCAUCUUUGCUCUGGCCAAAACAAAGCGUCAUACAGAGCUGGAAGAUUUUAUCAACGGGCCCAAUAAUGCUCACAUACAACAAGUUGGAGAGAGGUGUUAUGAAGAUGAGAUGUAUGAAGCUGCCCGUCUGCUCUUUAAUAACGUGUCUAAUUUUGCUCGUCUGGCGUCCACACUCGUUCGCCUCGGCGAGUUUCAGGCGGCCGUGGACAGCGCUCGGAAGGCCAGCUGCACACGCACAUGGAAAGAGGUGUGUUUUGCAUGUGUAGAUGGAGAGGAAUUUCGGUUAGCGCAGAUCUCCGGUCUUCACAUAGUGACUCACGCUGAUGAACUUGAAGAACUCAUCAGCUACUAUCGGAAUCGUGGUUAUUUUGAAGAGAUUAUCAUGUUGUUGGAGUCUGCGUUAGGAUUGGAGCGCGCUCACAUGGGCAUGUUUACCGAGUUGGCAAUACUCUACUCUAAAUUCAAACCGCAGAAGAUGAGAGAACAUCUGGAGCUCUUCUGGUCCAGAGUCAACAUCCCAAAGGUGUUACGAGCAGCAGAACAGGCCCAUCUGUGGGCGGAGCUUGUGUUUCUGUAUGAUAAAUAUGAGGAGUAUGACAACGCCAUUAUGAUGAUGAUCAGUCACCCGACAGAUGCUUGGAGAGAUGCUUCAUUUAAAGAGCUCAUCAUCAAGGUGGCGAAUGUGGAACUCUAUUAUAAAUCUCUACAGUUUUAUUUAGACUAUAAACCCCUUCUGCUCAAUGAUCUGCUGUCUGUUCUCACACCUCGACUGGACCACAACAGAACUGUCAACUACUUCAGAGGGGUGAAUCAAUUGAGGCUGAUUAAACCGUAUCUCAGAUCAGUACAGAGUCACAAUACCAGAGCUGUGAAUGAAGCCCUAAACAACCUGCUGAUGGAUGAAGAGGACUAUCAGGGUCUGCAAGCCUCCAUAGACGCCUAUGAUAACUUUGAUUCUAUUGGUUUAGCUCAGCGACUGGAGUCACACGAGCUUCUGGAGUUCAGACGCAUCGCUGCGUAUCUCUACAAGAGAAACCAACGCUGGACUCAAAGCAUUCAGCUCUGCAAGAAAGACAAACUUUAUAAAGAUGCGAUGCAGUACGCCACAGAGUCGAAGGACGCUGAUCUGGCUCAGGAUCUUCUGCGUUGGUUUAUUCAGGAGGGUAAGCAGGAGUGUUUCGCAGCGUGUCUCUUCACCUCCUAUGAUCUUCUGUCGCCUGAUGUCGUUCUGGAGCUGGCCUGGAGAUACGGCCUCGUGGACUUUGCCAUGCCUUACUUCAUUCAGGUGAUGAGAGAGUACCUGAAAAAGGUGGAUGAGUUAGCCAGACAGGUGAAGGUGGAUGAACUUCAGGAUGCAGAAAAUAAAAGAGCAUCAGAAGAUGACGUCCCUGAUGCCACAUCCAUAGUUUUUGGACAACAGUUGAUGUUAAACAGCAAUCAAACACCCAUCACACCCCAGUCGGGUUUUUCGGGUUAUGGAUACACUCCUCCUGGAUUUGUUCCUCCAGCAUAUGGCUUCAACCCUCAGCCUUGAUUCUCCAACAGUGCUCCUGCUAGGAAUUCUGGGAUAUAUGUGUCUGCUAUGCUGGACUUGCUGCGUUCAGGAUGCCUGAUAAAAGCUGCUUCAAACAAACAAAACGCAGCACUAAAUACAACUUAUUUGUUAACUGGCACAAGAAGCUGCUCAUGUUUUAAUUUUUUUUUUUAAAUAUAUAGUACUGAUUAACAAGAGGAGAAAAGAGUAAGGACAUGAAACUAUACUAUAAACACAUCUCUACAGAUUGUCCGACUUUGACAUUUUAACAUUUCAACUACUGACAAUCCUUUCAAUUAUUUUGUCACUUUUUAUCCAUGUCCAAUUGUUUUAUUUUGCAGAAUUGCAUUUACGUUUUAAGUGCUACAAAAAAGUGAACAACACACUGUUAGGGGUUGUGCACACCAAAACUUUUAAACGCGGUUGAAAACGACAACAACGAAUGCCAACUGUUUUUCAGCUGAGUGCCAGCUUUCUUCAGCUGAGCACUUUGGUAGCUCUGAUACUUUAGCUGUGAGCUGGUUGGUUGUUGCUAUACUUGUCCCGCCCCUCCACUGUGAUUGGACGGCCGCGUGAGAACUGAAUUUGACAAGCGGAGCUUUUUAUCCAAAGUUGAAUAUUUUUCAACUCGCGGCGCUCAGCGUUGAGCGCGGAAAAACCGUCGGGCGCCGGUUUUCAGCGCGGAAGAAAACCGCUAGCUGCUGGCUUAUUUGAAAAAAGCCGCGCUUCCAUUGAAAACAAUUGAAAACAUGCGCCAGCCGUGGGCAUAAAAGCUUUGGUGUGCACGCCCCCUUAUGGGUUUCGAACACCAAAACUUUUAAACGCGGCUGAAAACGUCUGGACAACACCGAAUGCUCUGAUACGUCAGCUGUGAGACGGUUGGUUGCUGUGAUACUUGUCCCGCCACUUCUCCACAGUGAUUGAACGGGCGCGUGAGAACUGACAUUGACGAGCGGAGCUUUUCAUCCAAAGUUGAAUAUUUUUUCAACUCUUGGCGCUUAGCGGAAGAAAACCGCUAGCUGCUGGCUUAGGGGCUGGACACACCAAAACUUUUAAACUAGGGCUGUCAAAAGAUUAAUUGCGAUUAAUCGCAUCCAAAAUAAAAGUUUGUGUUUACAUUAUAUUUACACACAGCACACACACAUACGUAUAUAUAAAUACACACACAUUCAUGUAUAUAUUUAUGAAAUAUUUGCAUUUAUAUACUGUUUAUACAUUUAUAUAAUUUAUAUAAUAUAGAAAUAUAAAUAUUCUAUAUAUAAAUAUUACCAAUUUUUCUUAAAUAUAUAUAUUAUUCUGUGUGUGUAAAUAUUAUGUAUAUAUAAAAACACAGUACACACACAUAUGUAAACACAAACUUUUAUUUUGGAUGCGAUUAAUCGCGAUUAAUUUUUUGACAGCCCUAUUUUAAACGCGGCUUAAAACGCCUUGAGGACGCCGAAUGCCAGCUGUUUUUCAGCCGAGCACUGGUAGCUGUGUGAUACUUCAGCUGUGAGCCGGUUGGUUGCUGUGGUAAUGUCCCGUCCCUCCUCCACUGCAAUUGGACGGCCGUGUGAGAACUGACAUUGACGAGCGGAGCUUUUUACUCAAAGUUGAAUCUCUUUCAACUGUUGACGCAGAGCGGAAUAAAACGCCGAGCGUGGGUUUUCAGCGCGGAAAAAAACGCUAGCUGCUGGCUUAUUUGAGAAACGCAGAUUUCCAUUGGAAUCAAUUGAAAACAAGCGCCGCCGUAAAAGCUUUGGUGUACAUGCGCCCUUAUUUGAAAAACGCUGAGCUUCCAUUGGAAACAAUUGAAAACAUGGGCCGGCCGCGGGCGUAAAAGGUUUGGUGUGCACGCCCCCUUAGUGAGAAUGCAAUGACGUCAUAUUAUGCAUGUCGAGCGCUUCAGUCAUGAGAACAAACAAAUGUUUAAUGGUACCCAGGAUGUCUGUAUCGCUCACGUAUCAGUAAAAGGUCUAGAAAUGCAUACGGUACAUGAUAAAGGAUGGGAAAGGCAUGAAACAAAUGUUUAGAUUCAUUUUUUAUUUAUUUUUGCAUGUUUUUCUGAUUUAUUCUGGCGCUGUCAGCAUUACUGCAAGCCGUAAGCACUGACUACAGUCAUGUAGGAGAAACUGAAUUUUAUAGGAAAAGAAAAAGUAAAGCAAAAUAUAUAAAUAGUGAUACUGGAUGAUGGAUGCACAGGUGGGGUGUUGUGCAUUUAUGUGUACACAUGAAAAUAAAGUUUACAAGCAUUAAACAUGCUGUUUGAUGUCACAGCAUCUCCAUCUG